UUCCGUACAGUACGCGCCCAGCGGUUAAGGCGGUUUUGUCGCGGGUGUCGCCGUCGCCGCUGCCGUCGUCGUCGUCAUCAUCAUCUCGUGCGGUCCGUCGUUCCCUAACGUCUCUCUUUCUCUCUUGUACGUCGCGGUGGUGUCGCGCGACGUACGUACACACAUACACACAUUUCUUUUUUCGUCUCCCCUUCGCGCGCGCACACACUCGCCGCCGCGCCGACGCGUCGUCGCGCCGCUUCCCGGAGCGUCGCCCCGGCAAUUUUUUUCCUCUCCUGCCCCGGUUCUCGACGUCGGUGCACGUUCCGCACGAGGAUAUACAUAUACGGAGGAGUGCGGGGGAGUCGCACAAGCCGGGUGUCGCAAGCCCUCCGCUCUUUAAACGGCAAGGACUCGUCGUUGUCGUCGUCGUAACCCGCCAUCGUUCACGUCGCCGCCGUCGUCAUCGUCGUCCCUGGCGGAACACCUGCGCACCGAUACGAGGCGUAGCAGCAUGGUAUGGUACCAGUGACUGAGAACUCCCCCGAAACAUGAAGAAGCAUCCUCACAUCCUCGCGUGCAUCCUACUCCUGCUGCCACUGACACUGGGACUCAGCCUGCAGGAGGACGACCUGGUCUUCGACGAUGUCGGCGAGGACAACGACAAUGACAACGUGCCCGUCGGCUCCGUCCUGAUAAAUCAUCAUGCUCGCGGUCGAUCCGAUCGUUACGAACACGUCGGAUCGUCGUCUCGCGAUGGCAGACGGCACGCCUCCCGGGUCGAAAGGGCACGGGGCGUGUCGGACACCGUAGUCCCGGUCGGCCACGUCUUCAGGAUGAAAAUACCGCGGCAGGCUUUUUCGGGAGGCGUGGAUUUUUACGAGGUUUACGAGACCGUGAAUCGCGAUCGUCUGCCACGAUGGAUGCACUGGGACGACGCCGCCUCCACUCUCUUGGGCGUGCCGUCGAAAAAGGACUUGGGCAAUUAUCACCUGACCGUCACGGCUGUUGGCAAGCACCGUGACACCGCCAAGGAUCAAUUCGUCGUGCAGGUUACACCCGAGAAGCUGGAGGAGCUCAAGCAUAAGGACGGCAAGACGCAUUGCGACGACGGGGAGUACCAGACGAUCCUCACGAUUCUGCUGGACGCGCGGAUGGACCAACUGUCGCCUGCCAUCAGGGUGAAUGCCAUCGAAAACCUCGCGGGAUAUCUAGGAAUGCACACGAGCGCAUUCUCGAUGCAUUCCCAAAGCAUUAAGGAUGUCACCGGGUCGGAUUCCUACGUUAUCUUGACCGGACCGGGGAAUGUUAGGCAUCACAAGAACAAAGAUAAAGACAGCCAUUUGACCACCAUUCAAUGGCAGGUUGGCUGCGACGGUCACGUAUGGAAGCAUCAAACAGAGUUGGUGAAACAAUUACGUGAGCAGGCGAAGGACGGUACUUUAGCGGAAGUUCUGCAGCUUCCCGUGGUAUCGUGGCGCGUUAGGACGGAUUUGACCUCCUACCUGAGAAACAGACGGGAGGUCGGCUCCGGCGACUUCAACCCUGACGAUUAUGACAAUUAUGACACCGAUUAUGAUGAGGACGAGGAAGACGAUUACGAUGGAGAUGAUAACGAGGACUCCGGAGUGCCAACGACUUUAAUACCGCUGGACUCGAAACAUCCGCACCGGCAUCAUCAUGGCGAGGAGCCGAUCGAUGGUGAUUGGAAGAGCGAAGACGUCGACGAGCAAGAGAUAAUACCGAGGAUGAGUCAAAACGAAUUGGAAAGUAAAACUACGCUCCCUACGACAAGAACCACUGAACUUACUACAUCAUCACCAUCAACAACUACUACAACCACCUUCACCACCACGACGACAACUACAACCACCACCCAAGCCGCGCCAACGACUUCUACCGCAACUACUUCUACCAGUAGCACCACAACGACCGUUACAUCAGCCGAUACAACAACAACAACAGCUAGUAUCUCCACCACUGUAGCCCCAUCGAUAGAGUCUCCGCGAUCACGGUCGUGGGAUACCACGGACGAGGAGAUCACGCCGAGAGAAAACGCCACGGAGAAAACGAAACCCGUGGAGCCUGCCGAAUCCGUUACCGCUUUACCAACCAUUCCCUUGGACGUCACGACUCCUCCUCCUGCAACCACUCUGUCGGCUUUUAGCACAUCGGCCAUCCAAACUAGCGUCUUCGACAAAAACGAGACGGAGAUCGUCGUUGGUAUUACUAACAUUACAACGGAAGAGUCGGAACAAACUACGACUUCCAUGAGAGAACCGACUACUGUACCAACGUCGAGCAUCGCGGACGUUAACAUCUUCACCACUCCUUCACCCGUAGUCGUAACUCCGAAUGUUAGCGCCUCUACUAUCACGCCUGUAGUCGUAAUGAGUGACAAAACUACUACGACUACGACAAUGAUGAUGCCGUCAACGUCGUCGGAUCUUCGCACAACCGUGUCAAGCACAACACCGUCCACUACACCCAGCACGACCACCACGACUACGACCACUACCACUACCACUACCGCGGCGCCUACAACCACCACGCCAACGACGACGACUGCUCGGAUCACCACGGAGAGUAUCGAGUAUGGCCAAGUUAACUUCCCACCGAGACGCGACAGGAGAUUAAAGAAGAUACCGGUGACCGCCGGCAAACUGUUGAGCUACAUCAUACCGGCCGACACCUUCACCGAUUUGGAAGACGGCAACACGAGGAAACUGAAGUUGAGCUUGUACUGGCAAGGUCUACCGCUCAAAACGACCCAUUGGCUUCAGUUCGAUCAUGAUAUCCAGAAAAUCUAUGGACUGCCUCUUGAGAACGAUAUAUCUACCUGGAAUUACGAACUGGUUGCCACGGAUAGCGAAGGCGCCAACGUCACUGACAGUCUCGACAUUCACGUUCAGCAGCACAAGCUGAGCCGCAGCGUCAAUCACGAAUUCACCAUUUACUUGAAAAUCGACAAACGAAACGAAUUCCCAACGGACGUUGAUUGGGAACUCGAAGUAAUCGAAAGCCUAGCUGAACUUUACGGAGACAGGGACACCCAGCAUAUCACAGUUCGUUCCAUCAAUAUCGUCGAUCGUGAGCAAGCCACUUUCACAUGGACUAAUGAUAGUCUUCCAAGAAGCAGCGAAUGCCCGAGAGAACAUAUAAACAGAUUAUUGCGCGUACUCGUCGACAGUAACGGAGAUCCGUCAGCUUCUCUGAGAGCAGUUCUCGCGCCGGAAAUCAGGGUAAAGCGUGUCGUGUAUGAGGGUAUUGGACAAUGCGAAGAUAUAUCUCGUCCCGAGGUACCAAAAGUCUCUACCGAAGAGCCGAAGAGUAAUUUCCCGCCGGUACCGAGGAAUCAAAUCGAUCGCCUUAAUGCAACAGUUGGCCAGUUGUUUGUGUUCAAAGUGCCAGAGGAUACAUUCUUCGAUAAUGAGGAUGGAUCGUCGCGAAACUUGAAGAUGUCACUUUUGACCAACGACCGACAACCCAUUCUACCUCACGAGUGGCUGCAGUUCGACAGCAAGAAUCAAGAAUUUUACGGCGUGCCAAUGAAUACCGACAUCGGUCGCAAGGAAUACCAAUUGGUCGCCACCGAUAGAGAAGGUGCAAGCACCACGGAUAGUUUGGUCGUUGUCGUACAUUCGGCACCUCCCAUGGCGCACACGGUGGAAUUCUCGAUGACGCUGGAUAUCGCCUACAAUAACUUCGCGCAUUCCGCCCUUCAGAAGCGUAAUUUUAUCGAGAAGCUGCGCGACCUCUACGGGGACAGAGACACGAGUGCUAUCUCGCUGCAUAACAUCUCGAACGGCAGUACUGUGAUCACGUGGCACAACAGAACUCUACCUACGUCGACUUGCGCCCACGACGAGGUCAACAGGCUGCGAUCCGUGCUCGUGAAGAGCGACAACGAUCGGCGUUCCGUGACGGACGAGGUUUUGGACGUGAUGGGCAUGAAAUUCCCGGUGAAGCAGAUCACGGUAAUCCCGAUGGGAAUCUGUCUCGGUGAAUUAACGGGCGUACAUUCGCCGGACAGCCACGUGCCGCCGGUGGACGAUUCCACGUCUAUCGGCGCAUUCCACGACGAUUACCUUCUCACCUUCGUUCUCCCUGCGAUCAUCAUCGCCGCCAUGCUCAUUCUGGCGGGAAUAAUCGCGUGCGUGCUGCACAAGCGACGGCGCAGUGGGAAGAUGAGCGUGAGCGAGCAGGAUGAGGAGCGGCAGAGUUUCCGGAGCAAGGGAAUUCCCGUGAUUUUCCAGGACGAGCUGGACGAGAAGCCGGAUCCCGGCAAUAAGUCACCCGUGAUUCUAAAGGAGGAGAAGCCACCUCUUCCGCCGCCCGAGUAUCAGAAGGCCGAGGACGGCGCCGACAUGCCGAUGCUGCCGAAGGAGAACUCCGAGGAGCCGUACCAACCGCCACCGCCAUUCGCCACGAAUCGCGACACCAAUCGGCAAAAUCGUCCCAAGCCCACACCGACGUACAGGAAACCGCCCCCCUACGUGCCUCCCUAACAAAAUACGGUGCACUCGCCUACGCGUAAAUAUAUGCUAGCAAUGCUCGGAGACUCACCGAUACACAAGCAAAACCAAAUUAAUUAUAAAAAGCAAUCUCGAAUUGGCGACGACGACGACGACGAUCGUGGGACUCUGAACGUUUAUAGCGACGUUUGAAACGAAGGCCCCCCUCUCCAUUCACCCGGUAUGAGACAAUAUACUGCUUUUGCGAGGCGUGAAUGGAAGAUUAUUAUUCUUCCGCGAGAACAUAAUUCUCCGAAAUCCGCGCGCGACGUUUUUACUUAUUUUAUAUAUGUAUCGACAACGGCACGUCUCAUCAUCGAUUUAAAAAAAGGAAAAGAAAAGAAAAGAAAAAAUUAUUCCUUUAGUCGAUAUACGAUCGACGUACACUCUCUUUCUUCAAUCAUCUAUAUAUUUCAUGCGAAAGAAAAGGAAGAUUUUCUAGGGAGUUAUAUGGGAAUACAAAUCACGUGUUGCCUUUCGUAAAGAAUUCAAUUGUAGGGAAGGACAAGUCACUGCUCGAUACGCGAAUUUAGUUUAGAUCGUUGUUAGAAACCGGGACAGCGGUAGGGAGUAUAAACGUACUUUAUUCGACUCUGUAGCAUUCGAGACAGCAACGAUACUCAUAAAUAUUUCAAUAAUCAGUGCCAUUUAUUAAGCAAUAAGGGUAUCCGACUGUGAAUAAACAGCGCGUUAUAAUUAGUACGGUUCUACGGAUUUAUCGCAAUUUACCGUUUAUAGAGAGUCUCCACAGGUAUCAAGAACGACAGACUUAACGAAAUACAUAUUAUAUUACGCACUUACAA